ACAAACCUUUGCGCGUUAUGCUCGUGUCGAGAAUCAUGGCGUCUUCUUAAAUCGUUGAUAAUUCGCUACUGUUUUGUUGACAAGCUAAAAAACGUCAGUCUGAAGAUAGUAAAACCUAAAUUAUCAAGGUGGUUUUAGCGUUCUGCUCAUCGGUAGAGAUGGCAGCUGACACAGACAGGAAGGAUGCCGACUCAUCUGGUACCAAAGACCGGGAGAGGAAGCGCAGCCGUUCACGAGAUCGGGAUCGCAGAGGAUCACCUUCACGCAAACGGCAUCGUUCCCGUGAACGAAACCGCUCCAAAUCUCCAGAAAGGGAUCGUCGUGUGAAAGAUAAGGACAGAGAAAAGGACCGAGACAGAGAGAGGAGCCGUAAGGACAGAGACGGCCAUCGCCGUGAGAAAGAUCGCAGCAAGAGAUCAAGAAGCCUGUCACCAAAGUCGAGGGAUGGCAAGCUAAAGAAGGAGAAGGAUAUAAAAACAGAGGAAGAAGAAGAUGACAAAAAGAAGAAAGAGAAGGUCCAGCCACUUUCUUUGGAGGAGCUUCUAGCCAAGAAAAAAGCAGAGGAGGAAGCCGAGGCAAAACCAAAGUUUCUGUCACGGGCAGAGCGUGAAGCUGAGGCUAUAAAGCGCAGAGAGCAGCAGGUGGAGGAAAGGAAGAGGCUGAUGGAAGAAGAAAGAAAGAAAAGGAGGAUGUUUCAGGACCUUGGGAGGAAAAUGCUGGAGGACCCCCAAGAAAGGGACAGACGGGAGCGCAGAGAGCGAAUGGAGCGUGAGAACAAUGGGAAUGACGAAGAUGAUGGGCGACAAAAGCUCAGGGAGGAGAAAGACAAAAGCAAAGAGCUCCACGCCAUCAAGGAACGAUAUCUGGGUGGAAUCAAAAAACGCCGCAGAACUCGUCACCUGAAUGACAGGAAGUUUGUGUUUGAGUGGGAUGCUUCUGAAGACACUUCAGUUGACUACAACCCAAUCUACAAGGAAAAGCAUUCGGUGCAGCUUUAUGGGCGGGGCUUCAUCGCUGGUAUCGACUUGAAGCAGCAGAAAAGAGAGCAGUCACGUUUCUAUGGCGAUCUGAUGGAGAAGAGACGUACGCUGGAAGAGAAGGAGCAGGAAGAGACAAGAUUGAAGAAGGUGCGUAAGAAAGAAGCUAAGCAGCGCUGGGACGACAGGCACUGGUCUCAGAAGAAGCUGGAUGAGAUGACGGACAGAGACUGGCGAAUCUUCAGGGAGGAUUACAGCAUCACCACCAAAGGAGGAAAGAUCCCCAACCCCAUCAGGAACUGGAAGGAGUAUGCGCUGCCUGCACACAUCCUGGAAGUCAUCGACAAAUGCGGCUAUAAGGACCCAACACCUAUUCAGAGACAAGCCAUUCCUAUUGGCUUACAGAACCGUGAUAUAAUCGGCGUGGCUGAGACAGGUAGCGGUAAAACGGCUGCUUUCCUCAUUCCACUGCUGGUCUGGAUUACCACUCUGCCGAAGAUCGACAGGAUUGAAGACUCCGAUCAGGGUCCUUAUGCUGUGAUUUUGGCACCGACUCGUGAGUUGGCUCAGCAGAUUGAAGAAGAAACCAUCAAGUUUGGUAAACCCCUCGGCAUCCGAACAGUGGCGGUGAUUGGUGGUAUCUCCAGAGAAGACCAAGGGUUCCGACUCAGGAUGGGCUGUGAGAUUGUCAUAGCCACGCCCGGUCGUCUGAUAGAUGUGCUGGAGAACCGCUACCUGGUCCUGGGUCGCUGCACCUACGUAGUCCUGGAUGAGGCAGAUCGUAUGAUUGACAUGGGCUUUGAGCCCGACGUUCAAAAGAUUCUGGAGUACAUCCCGGUGACCAAUCAGAAACCAGACACUGAAGAAGCAGAGGACCCUGAGAAAAUGACAAUGAACUUUGAGUCAGGGAAACAUAAAUACAGACAAACCGUCAUGUUCACUGCCACCAUGCCUCCGGCUGUGGAGAGGCUGGCAAGGAGCUACCUGAGGCGUCCCGCUGUGGUGUACAUCGGCUCUGCAGGAAAACCCCACGAGAGAGUGGAACAGAAGGUCCUGCUCAUGUCAGAAGGAGAGAAGAGGAAGAAGCUGUUGGAGGUCUUGUCGCACGGCUUCGAGCCUCCAAUCAUCAUCUUCGUCAACCAGAAGAAGGGUUGCGAUGUACUGGCGAAGUCCCUGGAGAAGAUGGGGUACAAUGCGUGCACGCUGCACGGUGGAAAAGGCCAGGAGCAAAGAGAGUUUGCACUUUCCAAUCUCAAAGCUGGAGCCAAAGACAUCCUGGUGGCCACAGAUGUUGCUGGUCGAGGUAUUGAUAUCCAGGACGUCUCUAUGGUCCUUAACUACGACAUGGCAAAGAACAUUGAAGACUAUAUCCAUCGUAUUGGUCGUACUGGUCGUGCUGGUAAGAGUGGUGUGGCCAUGACGUUCCUCACCAAGGAGGACGCUGCAGUGUUCUAUGACCUGAAGCAGGCCAUCCUGGAGAGCCCAGUCUCCACCUGCCCUCCAGAGCUCACAAACCACCCGGAUGCCCAACACAAACCUGGAACUAUUCUUACUAAGAAGAGGCGUGAGGAGACCAUCUUCGCCUGAUCUAUUAGUUUAAACUUUAUUUGCUGAACACAGGACAUUGCAAGAUUCUGCCUGUCAUCGGGUAUAUUCAUUUUUCCUCUUUCACCCUGUUUUGGUAGGGUUUUUUUUUAGCCUGUCUGUGAAAGAAAAGAUUACUUGGUACCAAAAGGUGAACAGGCUGAUAGAUUUACCUACUAGGUUUCUUUUGAAUUUCCAAAACAUCAAUAUUGAGGACCCAGGAGAACUGUAUAAAUGAAACAUGUGAUUAAUAGAAGACAGUGGGAAGUUUAGUUGUAGAUGCUGUUUUUAGUGAAUAUCUUUCACUAUUAAUCCUCUGAACAUGUAGGAGACCAAAUGUCAAUUUCUUAUAUUUUGGAUGUAUCCUCCGAGUUCAAUACUGGAGGCUGUUUUAAAUAUAAACAUUUGUAUGAUGUGACUACAA